GUUUACACGCUAGCUACUAUUCUUCUCUUCUUCAUCAUUUUCUACUUGUUCUGCUUUGUUGUGAUGGCAGAUAACCCUUUUCAGCUCCCUCCUGGUUUUCGAUUUUUCCCCACAGACGAAGAGCUCGUAGUCCAUUUCCUUCAACGCAAGGCAGCUCUCUUACCCCUCCACCCCGAUGUCAUCCCUGAUCUCGAUCUCUAUCCAUACGAUCCAUGGGAGUUAAAUGGUAAGGCUCUGUGUGAGGGUAAGCAGUGGUACUUCUAUAGUAGGAGGACGCAAAAUCGGGUUACGAGUAAUGGAUAUUGGAAGCCAUUGGCCACUGAGGAACCUAUCAUAUCUUCGAAUUCUAAUAACAAAGUUGGAAUCAAAAGAUACUUCGGCUUCUACGUUGGAGAAGCUUCUUCCGGGAUCAAAACAAACUGGACAAUGCAUGAGUAUCGUCUCUCUGCAGUUUCGGAUACUUGUGCUUCAUCUUCCACCACUAGAUCAUCGAAGAGAAGAGGGCACCGGAAAGCAGUUAAUGACCAUAGUGGAUUUGUGUUGUGUCGAGUUUAUGAGCGCAAUGAAGAUGACGACGAUGAUGAUGACGGGACAGAGCUCUCAUGUUUGGACGAGGUGUUCUUAUCGUUGGAUGAUCUUGAUGAGAUAAGCUUGCCAAACUGAGAUAUGAAACGUACGCAAGAUCGAGGGUGAUGAGAAGAUGAUUUGAAAGACCUAACUAAGUGCGCAUGCCCCAUUUUAUAUUAUGAAACUUUAUCCAAUGUAUCAUUAUUUCACUAUGCUACUACUGCAACUAGCUAGGCUAAAGCUAGUAAAAAUCUUGUAAAUAAAUUCCAUUACAUGCACUUCGAGUGGCAACUAACAAUGGUAUUCAUCUGCCAACUUGCAUUAUUAGAAAAUGACAUUGCGUUUGA